GGAAUCGUGUUCAGUGUUGAACUGCAUGGCGUCGUUACGAGUCGCAAGUAAUACUAUCUCCCGGAAUUGUCGUAAUUUUAAACCUGUGUUAAAGCGCAACUAUAGGAUCAGAUGAAUUGCCAUUUGUGUUAUUUGACGCUGAUUUUUUUCGUGUUGUGUUUGGUUCAUCGAAGCGAAGCUGCGAGUGGAGAUGGAGCUCGUACGAAACUCAACAGUCAGACGGCGUUGGCUUUGGAAUCGAGAGAUAAGCGCUGGGUUGUUCAAGAAGUAUUUCACUCGACUGUCAAUUUUAUCAAAUGGAAUUUUGUCAGUCGCAUAUCUGUUUCGUUAAUUAACGAGCUCAUGAAGGUGAUCGAUCCUGUCGUCUAUCUUCUGCUACCUCGUGGAGCAUCCACAAUCGCCUCUGUAAUCCUUUCUUUCGUCUACAAAAAGUUACAAUUCUUUAUCAUGUACUGGUUCAACAACCUCUUCUUCAAUCUCUGACGAAAUUUCUUAAAUUUAGAUUUCUCGUAAUUUAUAGCCUCACUAUUUUAAAAUUGCUUGAUUAUCGACAGCUAUUAUGACUUAAAAUAAAUGACGAGGCUUAUUUUUAUUUUAA